AUGCAUCCCGCACUCUCCUAUCCUGCCCUUAAAUCUGUAUUGGAGUAUGUGGAACUUGAAAAACGAAUCCACCUCACAUCCCGUAGCAAAUUUCUGCAACGAAUCGAUAAGACAACACCUGUCUACGCAAAAUCUUUUUCUAUAUGGGGAGAUCUAAGUCUAGACGGUUUUCAAUUCAAUGUAAAACAUCAAUCGUGGGACAAGAACAUGGAGGACGAGAAGAAUGGAGAGUUAUUGAGGAGUUAUUUAAAACAAAGAUCAAGUGUUAAUAUCAAUUUGGCUUGCUUCUCCAAAGUCAAGACUUCCGAAGAUAUUCCUGUAAAACUUGACUUGACAGUCAACAAAUUGCAAACUAUCUGCUGUAAUCUUGACGCCGUGAUCCCAAUGAUCGAUCCUCGCAGUUUUCCAAUCACAGAGCUUUCCAUGGCUGUCAAUGAGCCCACUAAUGUCGACCUUGAAAUAGUUCGCUCUGCCAAACGUGUCAUUUUUAGCACAAGCAAGGAAGUUAUCGGUCUUGAGAAACUUCCGAACAAAAGAAUGUACCUCCGAUGUCAACCCCUUACUGAUGUCGUAAGAAUUAUUAAAUAUUGGAUUCAACAUGGAAAGGAAGUUGGGACGGAGUUUUCGACCGGCUAUUCCACGAAUUCUGAUCUCAGGAAUAUGAUGGCUAAUUUGCAAGAAGAAUUCAGCAGAUCUCGAGGAUAUUCGGAGGAAAUCAAUGAACAUUGUUUUUCCGGCUUUUCUAUUCCGUUAAGCUCUACGUCAAAGCUUCUUGUUUAUGGAAUUGGAAAACACUUGGACCAGUUGAUCUUGAAAGUUGUGUGA